AUCAAAAUAUUCAUAAAACAGCUCACUUACCAGCCCCACGCAUAGACUGUGUGGAUGUGUGUGGAGCAGAUAUAUGGAUAGCAUCGCUUCUGUCUGGAAGGAGGCAGAUCUCUUGGCUGGCGGUGUGUGUGUGUGUGUGUGUGUGUGUGUGUGUGUGUGAGCUGGCUGCUUCUCUUACAGUCAUCUUACCGCUCCACGCUGCUGGUGCUCUGCCAGCGCUCACAGCCCUGACUCUGAGUGAGGACGACAUUAAUGGGUCCCUCUCUCUUCUGCAGGCUAAUGAUGGACGUAUGCAUGAUAUUCCCUGAAACUAGCCCAAAUAAAUACAGCACGAGCACACACAAACACGCGACUGCGAGGCCUAUGGGAGGCAGUGAUGCUGCGAGCAGACAGUCUGCAGCUACACACGCGAACACGCCACACACAGAGUGAGAGAGAGAUGGAGCAAAUUUAGUCCAUAAUACAGGGAAGGCAAAUCGCACAACCACACGCGCGCGCACACAUGUGCAUGUGCCGUGGCAUCAGGAGACCAGAUGCUUUAUUGUCUUAGCGGAUGGAUGGGUGGAGGUCUGGGCGCUAAAGCGAGGAUGCAGGCAUCACGCUGAGGGUAAGCGCUUCACAUCUCAGCUCUGCCUCUGCCUCUCUCUCUCUCUCUCUCUCUCUCUCUCUCUCUCCCUCUCUCUCUUUUUCUCUGUUGCAGCCGCGUCCUCGCAUUCGUUUUGCUCCGCCUCAUUGGUGCUUCCCCAUGCCCUGCUCUCUCUCUCUCUCUCUCUCUCUCUCCGAUCUCCAGGCCAAUUGGUUGCCUGCCUUCAACCUUCAGCCGUUAUCUUCUCUCUUCCUUCGGCUGUCUCCGCGUCUCUCCUCGUCCUCUGUCUUCAUUCAACUCGUGAAGAAUGAUACGCAUACGGGAGGUGAGAGGAACUUUCCAGCGCGAGUGAACAGGAGAUAAAGUGCGCAAAAGGAAGGACGCUGGAAAAUACUAUCAGCCGUGAUUGGAAAGUUUGAGAGGAGACAACAUUUCCAGACUGAAAAUGAAAUUGGAGGAGGUGUAGUUACCUCUUAUCAGUCGUCUAACAGAGAGGGCCGUGGGGCAAACAGAGGUCUGAACCAAAGAGCAAUUAAACCGUCAAUUACAUCAGAUGGAGGUGGAUGUAGCAGAUGAGAAGCACCAUCGCACAUGCUCAAAAGUUCCCCUGGAGCCAGCCAUACAAGAGCUGUUCAGUGUGUACGGCUGUCCUGUCGCCAAGAAGAAAAAACCCCUGGAGAGUCAUGCGCUGGAGCCCUCGCCCAAGAGGAAGGUGUUUCUAACAGUCGUAGACCAGCAGUCAAUGGAGAAAUGCUAUAAUACAAACAAGAUUGAGGAGAUGGAUGAAAAAGAUGAGGAAGAGGAGGAGGAGGAGGAAGAGGAAAAAGAAGACGAAGAGGAAGCGGAGGAGGAAUAUACAGACAAUGAGGACCAAUAUGAAGAGGAAGAGGUAGAAGUGAUAAAUGGAGAAGAGGAAGAGGUGGAGCAGGAAGAAGAGGACGUGGUGGAGGAAGAUGAGGAAGAAGAAGAAGAAAGAGAAGGGGAGGAUGAUGAAGAUGAGGAUGAAGUGGAGGAAGAUGUGCAAGAGGAUGAGGAGCAAAUUCAAGAAAUAGAGAGUGACCAUAUGAACUGCAGUUCCAGCAGGACAAGCCCCUCCAUGGAAAAAGACAACAACAACAACAGCAAUGAAUAUGACAACUACGAUGAACUGGUGGCCAAAUCUCUGCUUAACCUGGGCAAGAUUGCAGAGGAUGCCGCUUACCGGGCCAUGACUGAGUCUGAGAUGAACAGCAACUCUUCAAACAGCGCAGAAGAGGAAGAGGAUGAGGAAGAAGAAGAUGAAGAGGAUGAAGAAGAUGAGUAUGAGGAGGGCUCAAGGAAAGGUGAACUGAGUCUAGAUGUCAACAGUGAUGUGGUAAGGGAGACUGUGGACUCUCUAAAGCUCCUGGCACAGGGUCACGGAGUCACACUCUCAGAAAACCUCCACGAAAAGCCUUUUCAGGACGAUGGGAGCGAGAAAACGGACUGUGGAUACAUCAACGGAAAUGGAUCUGUGGGUAAUGGAGUCAGUCGUAACUGUGGUAAACCCACCAGUAAUAACCAGAUGGCAGAGAAGAGUGAUGAGGAAGUUUGUUUGAGCAGUUUGGAGUGUCUUCGCAACCAGUGCUUUGACUUGGCGCGCAAGCUAAGUGAGACCAAGCCAACGGAGCGGUUCAACAAUAACCAGCAGGAGGCUCAACAGCUUUAUCAAGAAGCCCAACAGCAUCAUCAGCGUCAGAGUCCCGAAGAGUCCCAUGUCCUUGAACGGAAUUACUCUGACAUGGUCAACCUGAUGAAGCUUGAGGAGCAGCUCAGUCCAUGCUCCAAAACUUUCUCCAGCUGUGCCACAGAGCACAAGAGCUUCCAGGACUGUGAUGAAGACACCACCUCCGUCACGUCGGACCGCUCAGAGGAUGUUUUUGACAUGACCAAAGGCAACCUGUCACUGCUGGAGAAGGCCAUAGCACUGGAAAUGGAGCGGACCAAAGCUUUGCGGGAAAAAAUGACUUCAGAAGCAGUCAGGAGAGAUAGACUGCAUUUGCAUGAGCAUGGUUUGAGGCACAGCUAUACAGAGGAGCGGAAGGGACGUAUGCACCACGAUGGCCUGAAGAAGCACUACUACCUUAAAGAUUCCUCACGGUCAGGGAAAAAGGAGAGCCGGUGUCCAACGCCUGGUUGUGACGGCACAGGUCAUGUGACGGGUUUGUACCCGCACCAUCGCAGUCUGUCUGGAUGCCCUCAUAAAGACAGAGUCCCACCAGAAAUUCUUGCAAUGUAUGAAAAUGUUCUUAAGUGCCCUACGCCUGGCUGCACGGGCCGGGGUCACGUCAACAGCAACAGGAACUCUCACAGGAGCCUAUCGGGCUGUCCAAUAGCGGCUGCAGAGAAACUGGCCAAAGCCCAUGAGAAACAUCAGUCAUGUGAUGGAGGCAAAUCCAACCAGGGUUCAGAUCGUGUGCUCAGGCCCAUGUGCUUCGUCAAACAGCUGGAGAUUCCACAGUACGGCUAUAAAAACAACGUGCCCACUUCAACCCCACGAUCCAACCUGGCCAAAGAGUUAGAGAAAUACUCCAAAACCAACUUUGACUACAACAGCUAUGACAACACCAACAUCUACAGCAAACGGCACACUACUGUACCCAAAGUCCACAGUCGGGACACACUGGCCAAAACUGAUGAUGUGAAGCGCUACUGCAAGAGCUCCAGUUCAGCAAGCAGCACCACCAGUAGCUACGGGCCCAGCAGCAGCAGCCUGAGCUGUGGAGGAGGAGGAGGAGGAGGAGCGAGCAGCGCCAGCAGCACCUGCAGCAAAAGCAGCUUCGACUUCACACACGAAAUGGAGGCGGCGCACAUGGCUGCUACCGCCAUCCUCAACCUCUCCACCCGCUGCAGAGAGAUGCCCCAGAGCCUGAGCGGGAAACCCCUGGAGAUCUGCACACAGUCUGAUGAUCUGGAUCCCUUCCAGGACAUUUUAGAGGACAGCGCGUACACUACUGAUGUUGGCAUUCCCACUCCCAAACCAAAAUUCCCACCUUGCAAAGAAAGCAAAAAGGACCUGAUAACUCUUUCAGGUUGUCCUUUAGCAGAUAAAAGCAUUCGGAGUAUGAUGGCCACUAACUCACAAGAACUCAAGUGCCCGACCCCGGGCUGUGAUGGCUCGGGACAUAUCACUGGCAACUACGCUUCACACAGAAGUUUGUCAGGAUGUCCACGGGCUCGGAAGACUGGAAUAAAGAUAAUACACAAUAAAGAGGACAAGGAAGACCAGGAGCCGAUCAGGUGUCCGGUUCCUGGUUGUGACGGUCAGGGUCACAUAACGGGUAAAUAUGCGUCGCACCGCAGCGCGUCUGGCUGCCCUCUAGCGGCCAAACGACAGAAGGACGGCUUUAUCAACGGCCCCCAGUUCACGUGGAAGGCUGGGAAGACGGAUGGCAUGACGUGUCCCACUCCAGGCUGUGACGGCUCUGGACACGUCAGCGGCAGUUUCCUGACCCACAGAAGUCUCUCCGGUUGUCCACGUGCCACAGCAGCAAUGAAGAAAGCCAGACUAUCAGGAGUGGAGAUGCUCACAAUAAAACAGCAAUCAAGCAAUGGAUUAGACUGUGACACAGAUGUUAAACAGCUGGAUGAAGAUAUUAAAGAUUUAAAUGAAUCAAAUUCACAGGUGGAGGCGGAUAUGAUCAAACUUAGAACACAGAUUACCACAAUGGAGUCUAACCUGAAGUCUUUAGAGGAAGAAAACAAGAAAUCACUUCACAAAGAGACUCCAGUUAGACAUAACAGCUGUUUACAUCAGAGAGAGCCGAUGAGUGAACAGAACUUUGACGCAUACGUGACCACGCUAACGGACAUUUACACAAAUCAAGAUCACUAUCAGAGUCCAGAGAACAAGGCCCUGCUAGAAAAUAUCAAACAAGCGGUGCAAGGCAUUCAAGUCUAGCACCUCAGAACGUUCCUAAAUGGAAAGAAUACUGGGGAAAGAAGAAGCUUCCAGAAAAAAAAAAUAAUCCUAAUAAUCGAGUGGGAUGCCUCAUGCUUUGCUGUUGUAGUUUAUCAAACAGUGUUAAAAUCAUGUUUUUUUUUUUUUGUUUUUUUUUUUAAGUGUUAUGCUGGCUAAACAUGGUUUUUCUUUGGGUUUAUUUUUCUGGCCUUGCUUUAAAAAAAAUAAUGAUCUGCAAAAUAGUUUUUGAAAGUAUUCAGAUUUUGUACGUUUUCACAUUGGCUGAUGUAAUGUGAUUCAUUCUUCUGGCUGCUCAGUGAUGCACCUUUAAGUGUAUAUUUUGAAACAGUAAUGCACCUACUACUGAACAAAAGUUGACGUUUGCUGAAAGAGUGUCAAGAACUGGAAAAAGGUGGCCAUUGAACAUUUCUGUUUUAGUUAAAUCUCUUUUUUGGCCCAUUUUUCCUGAGGAGAAGAAUCUGCCUAAUAAUUAUGCACACCUUGAUAUAGGGUGUCGAUCUCCUUAGGCCACACCCUCCCUCGUUACACAAAUAUACAUUCAAGUUUAUACCGCUUGGACUUGGAAAUCAUGGAUAAAAUGAUGAUAUGGUCAAAAUAAUAACUUGCCUAAUAAUUGUGCACUCAGUGUAUGUGUAAGGUUGGGGCAGGUGGAGGGGGUGGUAUGUGAAUGUUUUAUUUUAAACGUCAAUAAGCUUAUGGUGGAGACUUUUUUUACUGCUUCAAACUGCAAAAGGAAAUGCUUUGAUUAUUUGUAGCUUCGUUGUUUAAUUUGCAUCAUUGUAACAACAAUAGCGGCUCUAAACAUCACAUCGAGAAUGAUUUGGUCUCUUCUUGAAAUAGCAGUAACCAGAAUGGAACGGUCACAGCAAUAUAUGACUUAACCAUGUGUAUAAAAAAAAGAGAUGCAAUCUAUGUGGUGGGUAUAUGCAAUUUCAUGUUUAUAAACAGUGGAAGCUACAAAAUCUUUUUACUAUAUGUAAAUGAUUGAUUUUUAUAUAAAUCUUUUAAUACAAAUGUUUUAAAGGGACGGAAAGGUGAAAAUUAGGUUUAGAGACCAAUGCUCUAUGAGUUUCAUUUUGUUCCUGUAUACAGUGCUGCUGGAUGUUUGUACAGUACGGAAACUAAAGCAGAAGGCAUCUGUAAAGAAUAUAGACAAUGAAAACGGGACCUACAGGGUUUUUGACCCCCACCUUUGUGCCAGAAGACUAUUUGCACUUAUCCCACCUUGGGUCGAUGUGCAAUCUCCAAGUGUCUCUUUGGCACGAGGAAGACAUGAUGACAGACGUUCAGUGGUGUGAGGAGAUGAGAGAUUACAGGGAUUUGAAAUAUUAAUGUGGACAAUAUCUUUACGAGAAAUAUUGUGAAUAUUUAAAUAAUAAUGCUAGUACACUGAGUAUGUUCAACAACAUACAAAAUAAUCCCCAGCAGCACUUUAUGUCUAAUCACUGUACAAAAUCAUUAAAGAGUAGUCAAUCGAAAUAAAGCAUUUUAAGAAAAAAAAAUAAAUCUCCCAAUGCAAUGGUAUCGGUUGUUCAAGUCAGCGGUAGAGUUCGGGGGUGUUGCGGCAUCACGUGCACCCCUCAUUUCCAUUGUACUUUUAGCUGUAGCAGCCUUGUUAAUACCUUACUCGAAGCUAAUGCAAAGGUGCUUGUACUUCACUGGGUCUUGUCCAUUGUACUAAUCAGUCCUUUUAAGGGCUCCAUAAAUCAUGCACAGCAUCACAUCUGCAGCUUUUUGCAAAUAUAGUAAUGCUUUCGAUAGAGAAAAUGCUAGUAUCAGUUUUUGAAUCGAUUAUCAUCAUCUGUACAAUGGAAAUGGGAGUUAAAGCACAAACAUGCUGCUCAUUUACUGUCCGUGCAUAUUACCUUUUUUUAUUUAUUUUUUUAUACUGUAUGUGACUGAUUACUCAAAGUAAAAUGAAAGAAGUCACAUAUUCGAAUGCCGAGUUUUCAUAUGAAUUAUUGUGAAUUCAUGAGUUUACUUAUCUGACAUGUUUCAUUUCAAGGUUGAUUUGUUUAAUCAUUAAUGAAGACAGGAUUUUGUAUAAACUAUUGUGCUCUCUGUGGAACUGGAGUUUGAUUUAUUUUUGUACAAUACAGCAUGAAUUUGUUUUCAUUUUACUAUAAAUGUGUGAGAUCACAAGUUACGGUGAUUUUUCAUUUUUAAAUCGUGAAAUUUGUACAAUAUUUGUCAUGCUGGAUGUUGAUACAUCGUACUCUGAAUAAAGAAAAUGGUG